GUUCACCCCCCCGCGAACGCGAUGGUCUCCAAAUUAGGCGAGAAGCGGAAGAGCUCGAAACCCUGGAAUUCAAUUCAUCCCAAGCACCUUCCCUUUCUUCCCUCAAUUUCCACUGCAACAAUUCUCUCUCUCUCUUCGAUAUGGGCAUCAAGGGACUGACGAAGCUACUGGCGGACAAUGCCCCGACCGCCAUGAAGGAGCAGAAGCUCGAGAGCUACUUCGGCCGGAGGAUCGCCGUCGAUGCCAGCAUGAGCAUCUAUCAGUUCCUCGUUGUGGUUGGGAGGAAGGGGACUCAGAUGCUCACCAACGAGGCUGGUAAAGUCACCAGUCAUCUGCAAGGCAUGUUUUACCGGACGAUUAGGCUGUUGGAGGCGGGCAUAAAGCCAGUGUACGUAUUUGAUGGUCGACCUCCUGAUUUGAAGAAGCAAGAGCUGGCAAAACGUUUUUCGAAGAGGGCAGAUGCCUCUGAGGAGUUGGCAGUAGCCAUUGCAUCUCAGAACAAGGAAGACAUAGAGAAAUUCAGUAAAAGAACUGUGAAGGUGACACAACAGCACAAUGAUGACUGCAAAAUACUAAUAAGGCUUAUUGGUGUCCCAGUAGUUGAGGCUCCUUCAGAAGCAGAGGCACAAUGUGCUGCACUUUGCAAAGCUGGAAAGGUUUAUGCAGUUGAUUAUGAAGACAUGGAUUCCCUUACUUUUGGAGCUCCUGUAUUUCUUUGCCAUUUAAUUAAUCCCAGCUCAAGAAAUGUUCCAGUCAUGGAAUUUGAAAUUUCCAAGAUCUUGGAGGAGAUGAAUCUGGAUAUGGAUCAAUUAAUUGACCUCUGCAUUUUCUCUGGAUGUGAUUAUUGUGAAAGCAUUUGAGGUGGACGUGAUAUUGUUGCAGUGCUCUGUUAACUGUUUUAUGCUAUCUCAUAUCAUGUUUCCCUCUCUUAUUUUUUAGCUUGAUGAUUUCAGUGGCUUUACUUUGGAAUGAAU